CGCCACCACACAUUUCGCAACCCAAGGUUGGUGGUGGGUCUUUUCUCGGCGAGCCAGCCGUGUACUCCAUAGCUGACUGGGCAUGCCAAGCAAGUUCCCUUGCCUUGCACACAAAAAAGAUUGUACUUAUUUUCAAUCCUCAAAAACGAUCAGCAGACCACUACUAUCGAAUAAUUGGCCCAGCUCCUACACGUUAUGACCACGACCAUCCGCCUGGCCGCGCCAGAUGAGAUCCCGGGCAUUGUGGAUUUCAUCAUGGCGGCCCGCGCCGACAUGUUUUCAAUGCUGGAUCCAUCAUUACACCUCCAAAAGGCCCAGCGUGAACUUGCCAACUUCCAGCAAAGCUACCUGGAACAUCCCGACGGGGCCUUCUUCACAGCCCGAGUGGAUGGUCGCUUGGUUGCCACCAUCGGCUACGUCGCCUACGACCAGCGUUUCCCCCAGCUGGACUUCGGCCACGAACGGGUCGUCGAGGUGUUGAGGAUGUACGUCCACCCCGAUUGGCGCCGAAUUGGACUUGCUUCAGAAUUGUUUGCGGCUCUCGAGCAGAGGGCACGCCAAGCAGGUAUUCAGCGAAUGUACCUGCAUACCCAUCCCUUUUUACCAGGCUCCAUCAGCUUUUGGGAGCGGCAAGGGUUUUCCGUCGUCCACAUUGACGAUGAUCCUGUGUGGCGUACGACGCAUAUGAGCCGAGUCCUUGCUGCUGAUGGACGUCAGCAAACAGAUCUGCUACCAACCGCGGUAUGAGAACGCCUCCACGGGAUUUUCCGUUAGGCCGUCUUCAAGUUCCACCGUGCAGCCCGGUUAGGGCUGGUUGAAGCGAACUACAGCGACUGGAGGCGAUCAGAUCAGGGUGCCCCAUCGACUGGAGUAUGAAAUCCUGGAUCACCGACUCUGGCCAAAGCACAAUUCGCCAUUCUCUUCCCCGCGCGACCCAAUCAGGCAAGAGACGCAGGAUGUCUACGUCCAUUGUCAUAUCCUUAUCCCACGACAAGCCCGAAGAUUAUCAACAAAGCGUUGCAAAGCUCGAACUAAGCCGCGGUUCACUCAUCUAUCACAAGAAACAGGCUAACGAUCUUAUCGAGGCUCCAAUGUAUAGUUUCUAAUCGUCUGUGAGGAUUGUGGCCUUUUCCCAACGGCCAAUACUUCAAAGGAAUUGUUAUUAGGACCUCACAUUAAGCCUAUAUAAGGAAGUCAAGGGAAUCAUCUAACUCAAAAACACCCUAGUGAAGCCGUUCCAGAUACAGUCUAUAUUCCUAUAUAAAAGGAUGUAGGCUAGUAAAUCAUAA